CUCACUUUUACUUGAAAUCGCAACACUUCUCGCAGAAAAUAUAAAAAGCCUUGACUAUUCGCCAAACACGAUCAGUUGAUAUUGUGACAGUAAGAACUUCAAAUGACAUCAUCAAAAGUUAUUUUUCUCGCAUUCUUGUGUUUAGUCCAACAAGCUUCUUCAUUUUGGACUGCAUGUCCCAAUGGACGACUACCAAUUGAUGUUCAAACUCCGCACUGCACCAGUAAUGGAUGUCAGGCAGUCAGAGGUGAACCAUUUCAAAUGACAGUGUUAAUGGACUUCUUACAAACUCAUCAGCAGCUUCGGCCCAGAGGAACAGUUUUUAUUUUUGGUGUUGGAAUUCAAAUUCCAGAUGUGUCUGGACAAGAUGAUGUAUGUCCACACUUAUUGCUUAAUGGUCAGCAUCAUGGCUGCCCAGUAGCACCUAAUGUACAAUAUACUUGGAAUAUUGAUAUGCUUGUGUCUACAAAUAUUCCCCCAUUUCAAAAUGGAAGAAUUAGAGUUGAGGUCCUAGAAGGUACAAAUGUGCUUAUAUGUUUUGAUGCUCAUGGAAGCAUUUUAUAGAAGGAUUGUUUUAUUCAACUCGGCUGUUUUGUUAAUGUAAAAUGGAACUAUCUGUUUGAUUCCGCAUCUUAUAACUCUUCUUUAACUUCCUUUGUUAUUUUUAUUAUAUUAACUAGUUCUAAAGGCAAUUCAAUUGAUUAAUUUU